AUGACGUUCUUCUCCGCAAACCAUCAAAUGGAGCAUGGGCCAGGUUUCACGCGGUCGGGUCCAGGGAAAGAAAGCCGUGAUUUAACCAACGAUGCAGCAUCGAGCAUCUACAGUCGAGAACUUCAAGUCCCCCCGGUUCCUCCGCUCUCCAUCCCGCGCAAGGGGAGGACACCGACCGAUUCUCCUGCAAGGCAUGAUCUCCCGGAGAUCAAUCUGAUCGACCAUCAAAUUGCGCUGGCCCGGGGAACAACCAUGGCCCUGGAAACGACCCGUGUGCGGCUUCGAAAUGCCAAAAAGAACGGUACACGUUAG